CUAGGAUUUGGGUGUGAUUCGAUUGGUUUUUCUCUCUCUAGUCUUCUUCUACUUACAAAGUCAGAGAGGAAGAAGGGGAGAGGAGACGAAGAAAUAGUAGUAAUUCAGAAUCUAUUUCCAUUUCACUUCGAUCUCAUCUCAUCUAGUUCGCGGCUUCUUGUAAAUAACGGAGCUGCUAGCUAAUAGAAGAAAACUCAUUCGGGUGUUCUCUGAAGAGGAGCUAAGAAUGAGUGGCUUGGCUUCUUCAGAGUGCAGUAGUGGGUGUGAAUCUGGUUGGACUAUGUAUUUAGACCACUCCUCUCUUUCUACAAAUCCUUACAAAAGAUGUUGCGGGCUUCGUGAUGAAAUUGAUUUCUUUGGUCAAGAUUUUAGAAAAGAAGAAACAGAAGAAGGGGAUGAAGAAAAGGAUUUAUCUAUGGUUUCGGAUGCAUCUUCUGGGCCUCCGCAUUUCCUUGAAGAUGAUGACUAUUUUGAAGAAAAUGGGUGCUUUUCUUCUGCUUUUCCGGCUGAUGUAUUAGCUAACAAGAGUGGAAAAAGAAGAAAAUUAGACCAACGUCAACAGCAACAGCAUCUAUUAUCAUUUCGUGAUGACACUGCUAGCUCUCCUGUUUUCAACUUCUCCGAGAACAAUUUGGCUCCCUCCAACAACCAAGAUGCGAUGGAGGAUCUCUUGGAUUUCUCGCAAGGCUUCUCUGCAACUCAUUUUCAGACUUUCCCCUCCUGUGAGAGUCACAGGGGACGCCAAUAUUCCAGGAGCAAUUUGGUUUCUUAAAGUCCUCUCACCAAGGGAAAACUACUUCAUCUAAAGAAGUUGCUUGCAGAGGAGAGAGUGAAAAUGAGAUAUGGUAAUAUCUUCUAUCUUGUUCUGCUGUUGCUGCUGUUGCUCAGAAAGAGAUGGGAGGAUUGUAAAAGAAGAACAAACUAUAGAUCUCAAAGGGAUUAUGUUCCUUGUUGUAACUUUCUUUUUCUUUACCCGUCCACGCAGUGGGGAACAACCUGAGAGCAAAAGAAGAAAAAAUAAAUCUUUCAUCUUUUCUUUUUAUUAAAUCUAAUUUAAUCUCUUGUCAUGAAUGAAGGUUGUAAAUGAGAGCCGUGGUUUAGAUAGGUUUGUUGUUAAUCUUAUGCAUUCAAAUCUAGCUACUACUGCGGGCUAGUUGUAUUCGUCAAAUUCUUUAAUGACUUGCUUCUCUGAACGAACUCAUCUA